AUGUGGAGCAUGAUUGACACUACAUGGCCAUCACUGAAUCAUAGCAUCUUUGAUAUGGCCAACGUGGGUAGUUGCGAUCCGAAGACUGAGUGCCUCAAGGUUGUCUGCAAAAUCGAGAAGAGUGAUCUAGUUUUCGAGCACACUUUCACCAUGGAAGGAGGACGAAAGAUGAUUGUAAAAACUGUCUACUACGUUCCAGCCGACACAUUUAUUUAA